UUGAAAUAUCUGCUUAAUUUGUAUGCGUGCCUCCACUGUUUACUUUUUGAUACUUUGACUUAAAAGCAGAUAUGUCCGAAGAUAAUUCUCAUAGCAGGGAAUAUGUCUUGGAAGCAGACUCCGAGCUACGUUUCGAAAUCGAGCAAAAAGAUGCCAAGGUUCUUGUUACGCUCGUCACAGGUUUUGCAGAGCUUUUUGGCACCGAAUUGGUGAAAAAAAAGAAAUAUGAGUUCGGUGUUGGCGCUAAAGUGGCUAUAUUUACCUACCAAGGCUGCGUGCUGCACGUGUCAGGCAAAAUGGAUGUGUGCUAUAUCUCAAAAGAGACACCAAUGGUACAAUAUAUAAACUGCCAUGCAGCAUUGGAGCAGUUUCGUAUGGAAGCCGAAGAACGGGACAAGCGCGGCCCUGUUGUACUGAUCGUAGGGCCCAUGGACGUUGGAAAGAGCACACUGUGCCGCAUUCUAUUAAACUAUGCAGUACGCGUAGGCAGGCGUCCACUUUACGCAGAUCUUGAUGUGGGCCAAGGUGCCAUUUCCAUUUCCGGCAAUGUAGCCACUAUCCUUAUUGAACGACCAGCUAGCGUUGAGGAAGGAUUUACAAAGACAGCUCCACUAGUUUAUCAUUUUGGUCACAAGUCCCCAGGUGCUAAUAACGUGCUUUACAAUGCUGUCGUCUCGAAAAUGGCUGAAGUAACACUGCAGAGUCUGGAUGCCAAUAAACGAACCAAAAGCUCUGGGAUCAUCGUCAACACAUGUGGAUGGGUGAAGGGCUCUGGCUAUGCACAUUUGUUGCAUGCAGCACGAGCUUAUCGCGCUCGCGCCGUAUUCGUAUUGGAUCAGGAGCGUUUGUAUAAUGAUUUACUGCGCGAUGUGCCUUCCAACGUGCAUGUUGUCCUCUUGCCAAAAAGUGGCGGGGUAGUGGAACGCAGUAAAGAAUUGCGCCACGAAUCCCGCGAGCAGCGUGUCAAGGAAUAUUUUUAUGGUAAUACACGUACACCUUUCUAUCCCUUUUCGUUCGAGGUAAAAUUUCAGGACCUACGGCUAUACAAAAUUGGCGCACCACCAUUACCCGAUUCAUGUAUGCCUAUUGGUAUGAAAGCGGAAGACAACAAAAAGAAAGUUGUACCGGUUACACCCACUCCAUCGCUGCUACAUCACAUUCUUACGCUCAGUUUUGCGGAGUCCACGGACGAUGAUGUUAUUGGCACUAAUGUUGCAGGCUUCUGUUGUGUCACCGAGGUGGACAUGGAUCGACAAUCUGUAAUGCUGUUAUCGCCGCAGCCACGGCCGUUGCCUCCAAAUGCAUUGCUUUUGUGGUCAGAGAUACAGUUUAUGGACAAUCAUGCCUAACAUUGACCUUGACAAGAUUAGUAGUAUUAUGUUUGUAAAUAAAACUAUGAAAAUUA